AUGAUCAGUCCUGGUGUUAGCGAGCUCAACCAACCCCAACACAAUUUUCAGCAUCUACGGUCUUCGAACCGUCUUGACGAAAUGCUCUCGGAAAAAUCAGCCGAAAUAAAUUUUACGGAUGCACGUCCUAUGAAUAUCCGCAGCGACUCCUCACAGGCCUUGGCUCAAUACGAAGAAAUCGUUUCCAAGCUUCGACAUCUUAGGGAGUCGGAUUCAACGCAGGCUUCAAGUUGGUCAGCAAACAGGGUUGUCCAAGAGCAGUCAUAUAACAAAGGCCCUAUAGGACAUCUGCUAUUUAAGAAGAGGGAAAAGGAGUCCGCAGUUAUCAAUGACAAUAUAUGCGAAGGAAACCGUGUUCAAAUGGUCGACAUGAAUUUGAGAGGUCAGAGCAACUGUUUCCGUGCCAGAGACCCGGGACACCAAGUUGUUUCCUUUUCAUCAGAUGCUUCAUCUGUGCCAAUCCCAGCAGCUGUUCAACUGGAUCGCCGCCACGUUGAGGACAUGGAUCCAGACCAAGCAUGGAAGUCGUUCGUUUUCGGCAAUGAAGCCAGCGACGAGGUUGAGAAGGCAGCAUUCGGAGAAGCUAAACAUGACGUAGUAAAAGAAAUGCUGUCUUCCGAUAACCCAUCAGCCGGUAUGGAGAAUAAACCUUCUGAUGCCGAUAGUAUUAUGGCCACCAUGGGUACAGUGUAUGCGGAAGAAAGUCAGACGGGAUCCAAGUUCGAGUUGAACAGCGACGUUGCAACACUUGGGACUACACACAUGCAAGAACGAGAUGCCUUGACAUCAAGCACAGGCUUGGACAGUAGCAACACGAUUCCCAGCACUCGUGUUACUGCUAAAAGGGAUGUUGGCUUCAGCGAUGAUAAUGGCACUUCAGAGUCUGCAGCCAUAUUGGCACUCACCGAGGCCUCUGCCCAAGCCACCUAUCACUAUUCAUCCGUUGAGACACACUUCAGCUCCUCCACCUCGGAACAGUCUACCGAAAUCUCAAGCCUCAAGGCCAAUGCAGGUACCUACGCUCCUUCAGAGAUAAACAGCAGUACCGACAGCUUGGAUGACAGCAGGCCAAGAUCUGUGGAGAGUGCGGAGAGCGGUGCCUCGUGUUUAAGCAGCGGCCCGCCUUCCAUGAUCACGUCGAUGGCGGCUGCACCCGCCUUAUCUAACGUGGGGGUCGGUGACACAACCACACCAGUGGAGCAUUUCCGGUUCGUUCCGCCCAAGCUGUUUGUUGGCAAGCGUUCGAAUCCGUCACUCUGGAACCGGGCGACACUGCCGAGCGUUGGUCUCAGCCUUACCAGGCGUCGUCAAGGGCGCCAAAGAAGACGGGCCAACGAUGGCCGGGCAGAUAUUAGGGCUUUACCCAACUACAGUAGCGACCCCAUUGAGGACGUGGAUGAAGAAGAGAAUACGUCCAAGUCAAGAUUUCCACUCAAAUUGUCUUGA